CCCACCCAUCAGCAAGACAAUGACGCUAAAUUGAUAAGCUUAUCAGUAAGUGGGGCUCAGAUGGGUGGUGAACUUUUUUCUUCAAUUGUCUACGCCUUGCGACGAAUCUCCAGUCCAAUGCCCCGCCAAAAUCACCAGCUUCAUGCCGCAUUAUAGACGCUAGACAAAAUGGCGGCAGUUUAUAAAUCCUUGUCAAAAUCGAAUGCAUCCAAGGUCGAUAAGGACAGCGAAGGCGGAAAUGGCAGCGUGGAAAGGAAAAACAGGCAAAGGGUCCUCAUUCUCUCGUCACGAGGUGUCACAUACAGACACCGGCAUCUCCUGAAUGACCUAGCAGCAAUGCUCCCCCAUGGGCGGAAAGACGUCAAAUUCGAUUCCAAGUCCAAGCUGUACCAGCUCAACGAACUGGCCGAACUAUACAACUGCAACAAUGUGCUUUUUUUCGAGGCGAGAAAGGGGAAGGAUCUGUACAUGUGGUUUAGCAAGGUGCCAAACGGGCCUACCGUAAAAUUCCAUGCGCAGAAUCUGCAUACAAUGGAGGAGCUUCAUUUCACAGGAAACUGCCUCAAGGGGUCAAGGCCGAUCCUCUCAUUCGAUUGCGCCUUCGAGCAAGAACCACAUCUCCGCGUCAUUAAGGAAAUAUUUCUCCACAUCUUCGGCGUGCCGCAAGGGGCGCGCAAAUCCAAGCCCUUCAUAGACCACGUUAUGGGCUUCAGUGUCGCAGACGGCAAGAUCUGGAUUCGAAACUACGAAAUCCGGGAAAUCGAGAAGGUCAAGGGCGAGGGUGGCAACGAGGAAGACGGAGAAUCGAGCAAAGGGCGCAAAACGAAGGGCGGAGACAAGGACACCGACAUCAGUCUGGUUGAGAUUGGGCCGCGGUUCGUGCUCACGCCCAUUGUGAUUCAAGAGGGCGCAUUCGGCGGCCCUAUUAUCUACGAGAACAAGCGGUUCAUCUCGCCCAACCAGGUCCGGGCGGAAUUACGCAAGGCAAAGGCCGGGCGCCACAACGCGCGUAUGGAGCAGAAACGGGACACUUUGGCGAGGAGGCGGAAUCUUGGUCUAGAGGACCGCACGAAGAAGGAAAGCAACGCUCUAGAUACCCGGGAACUCUUUGCUUAGGUUUGGGAAUGGAGAUGUAUUGCAUAGCAUUCUCUGUGGCUGGCGUUGUAACUGUAUAAUUGGGGUGAUUCUAGUCCGUAUUCCUAAUCCUUUCGAUU